AUGAGUCGUAGAGAUCCGGUGGUCGAUUUGACCCCACAGCCACAACAAAUGCGAACCGCCUCUGGUCAAUCCAACUCCCAACAAGUCUCAUCGUCGCGUGACCGGCGUUCAAUAUUACUUGAAUCACCACCAGGUCCAGCCCGUGGUGUCAAGCGCCGUCGGACUGAUACUGAGUCAUCCUCUUCUGAGGAAGAUUCUUUGGAGGAUGAAAGACAAAUUGACUCUGUCGAUUUGACCAGUCCUGAAGUACCAGCGCUCGCAACAGCACUUUCCAAACAGAGACGGGAUGCCAUCGAGGCUCAGCAAUCUCAUGAUGAAGACAAAAGUAUGGGACUGUUGAAGGCUUACAAGUGCCCCAUCUGCAUGGAUACACCAGAGAAUGCGACAAGCACUAUUUGUGGUCAUCUGUUUUGCCACAGCUGCAUCAUCGAGUGCUUGGAUCGUGCCCUCGAACAAAACAGGCAGAUGCGGACUACCUGCCCUGUCUGCCGAAAGCCUAUAACCAAGAAAGAGAUAAGCGGCCCGCGCCGCAACCUCAUCCCUCUGCAACUCAAGUUGAUGACCAAGAAGAGGACUUCAUUGCAAUCGACAGAGGCCUAG